AUGACAACGAUGUUCACUCAAAUGGGUCGUGUGGUGUACCUAUUGGUACUUCUUCAGUGCUGUGUGUGUGCGGCGGAUGCAGCUGAUGUUGUGCGGGAUAUUUCCACCAAUGAGUUAAGUAAAGCAGAUGUGGAUCAGUUAAACAACUCGGUAACCAAGGCGUACGAGCACAUUGUGCAUACGGCUGGUUGUCUGUCUGCGUUAAAGGGGGAUGUGGAAUUGUGCAAGAAAAACACCGAGCAUGCUGAAACUGCUGCGAAGGAUAUCAAGGUUCUUGAUAAAAAGAUUAAGGAAUUAGAAGAAGAAACGGCGGGUGAGUCAAAAGAAACGUGGAUGAAAGGAAAUAAGGAUAGAAUGCAAGGAAACAUAUACGCAAUUAGCAACUUGACAGUUUCACUCGUGGACAUGCAUAUCUUGCUAGAUAGAUGCAAAGUUAGAACUUGGGACUUAAAAGGCGAAAUGGAGGGACUUGAGAACGCUCGAGAGCGUUUCCUGAAAGAACAUCCGAACGAAAAGCAGCAAGAGCCGGAAGUAAAGAAACUCGUAGAGAACAGCAAUAAAGCAAUCCAAACGUUAUUGAACCUCAGAAAGGAACUCGAAUAUGUGGUGAUUGAAAUCGAAACACUGCGGAGUGCGGGCACGCUCAAGGAUAACGCGAGUAGGGAGUUGAUGGCCCUCAGUGAGACUUUGGGAGAAGUCGCGAAGCACGAAAUUGAUAUGGAAGGCAUCAUGGUAGAAGAUGACGAUGAUGAACAAUUUAAUAAAAUGGCGGCGAAGAGAAUAGACGACGUUUCUAAGAAACUGGAGGAGGCAAAAGCAAAAGCAAAAGAAGAAUUUCGGCAUCUGGAACCGGAGGAGCUGGUUGAAGAUAAAAAAGAGAGUGAAGUUGAAGAGCAGCCGCCAAGGGAUAAUGAAGUGACGAGGGGGCCUGGAGAAGAAAAAGCGCGGGAGACACACAAGGUAGAAGCGAAAGAAGAAAAGGAGACUGAAGAAGAGCAGGCGAAAGGGCCAAAUGCCACAAUGGAAGAAAAGGUCGAGGAAGGAGAGACGGAGAAGAAAGAAAACGAAAAUGGAGAAGUGGCGGGGAGGGAAAAUAACGGUGGGGGAAAAGAGACCAAAGAAAGUCGGGAAGAAACGUUCAAGGAAGGACAGGAAAGUGUAACCGCAGAGAAAGAGAAGGAGGCAAAAGGGCCACAAAUAGAUGUAGCGCAUGAAAUAAAUGCAAUGCAAGAGAGAGACAGCAGCAACAGUCCUGCAUUGGUGCACAGUCCUUUAUUGCUGCUUCUAUUGUGUGUAUUGAGUUGCACUCUCGUUUGCUGA